GCUAUAUAAAUCUAUAAUCAAGUACUUUUAAACAAUUAUAAUCUCCUGGAUAGUUUGUUGUUAUUCAGAUUAACCUUAAUUUCAUAGAAUAACAAAAAUGAAUCAAAUGCAGCCAGUAAAGGAUAUCUCAAGCAUUGAGAAUGCAAAGAAUGACAAUGCGAAGAAAGACAUGAAUGACUGGCUUCCCAUCACCAAGUCUAGGAAUGCAAAGUGGUGGUAUUCUGCCUUUCACAAUGUUACAGCCAUGGUUGGUGCUGGGGUCCUGGGCCUCCCAUAUGCCAUGUCUCAACUUGGAUGGGGUCCCGGUGCUGCUGUAUUGAUCCUGUCAUGGGUUAUCACUCUAUAUACACUAUGGCAGAUGGUGGAGAUGCAUGAAAUGGUGCCUGGAAAGAGAUUUGAUAGGUAUCAUGAGUUAGGGCAGCAUGCAUUUGGUGAAAAACUUGGGCUUUGGGUGGUGGUUCCCCAGCAACUAAUGGUGGAAGUGGGUUCGAGUAUAGUGUAUAUGAUCACUGGAGGGAAAUCUCUGAAGAAGGCUCAUGAUACUAUCUGGCCUAACUACAAAGAAAUCAAACUUACCUAUUUCAUCAUGAUCUUUUCCUCGGUUCACUUUGUCAUCUCUCAUCUCCCCAGUUUCAACUCCAUCACCGUUGUCUCUCUUGCCGCUGCCGUCAUGUCCUUGAGUUACUCGACUAUUGCGUGGGUGGUUUCAUGGCACAAAGGGGUUCAACCAGAUGUGCAGUAUACCUCAAGGGCUUCAACAAAUACCGGGCAGAUGUUCGACAGCUUCAGUGCUCUAGGAGAUAUAGCUUUUGCCUUCGCAGGGCACAGUGUGGCGUUGGAGAUCCAGGCAACAAUCCCUUCCACACCAGGGAAGCCUUCCAAGAAACCAAUGUGGAAAGGAGUGGUUGUUGCUUAUCUUGUUGUCGCUUUGUGUUACUUACCUGUUAGUUUCGUAGGUUACUGGGUGUUUGGAAACAAAGUUGAGGACAACAUACUCUUAUCACUAGAGAAGCCUCGUUGGCUUGUUGCCGUCGCUAAUUUGUUUGUUGUCAUUCAUGUCAUUGGAAGCUAUCAGGUUUUUGCAAUGCCGGUGUUUGAUAUGAUGGAAGCAUUCCUAGUCUUGAAAAUGAAUUUCCAACCGGGUCAGCCGCUUCGCUUCAUAACACGAAUUCUAUAUGUUGGAUUGACCAUGUUCAUCGCAAUGACAUUCCCAUUUUUUGGUGGGCUUCUAAGUUUCUUUGGAGGAUUUGCCUUUGCUCCCACCUCAUACUAUCUCCCCUGCGUCAUUUGGCUUGCUAUAUAUAAACCAAAGAAAUUCAGCUUGUCAUGGCUCGCAAAUUGGAUAUGCAUUAUCCUUGGCGUUGUAUUGAUGGUAUUAGCCCCCAUUGGAGCAUUAAGGCAGAUAAUACUACAAGCCAGGGACUUCCAGUUUUACUCUUGACUUUGCUGCGUACAUAAGGGAUGUUGAAGUGCAGCUGCAUGCUCAUGCCCAUGAACAUUUCAUUUUUAUUUAUUUCCGUUCCUGUAGAAUAAUGGGACUUCAAGCUCUGCUUCUUUAUUAGUUUAUUUUCUGUAUAUAUUCGUCUAGGAGUACUAAAAUGGGAGAUGGAUAUGUAAAGGCUGCAUGAUCUAUUAACAUUCAUGCUCAGCCUGUGUGAAUCUCCUUAAUUUUCAAUCUUUGUAUUCAAGAAUUCUCGAAGUCCUUGUUAGCUUCAAGCUUUCUUUGUAGUUUGAAUCAAUUUCGUACCACUUUUAAA